CAGCAUCUUUCUCAGUGAUCAGCUCCAGAGAAACACUCAACAAAGACAAUGGCAGAAACCGCUCCCGCCGCCCCCGUCGAGGCUCCCGCCGCCGCACCAGCCAAGGUAGUGAAGAAGAAGGCCGCCAAGCCGGCAAAGAAGAAGGUUGGACCCAGCGUCAGCGAUAUGGUUCUGGAAGCCGUGUCCAGCUCCAAGGAGAGGAAAGGGGUUUCCUACGUGGCCCUGAAGAAAACUCUUGCCGCUAAGGGCGUCGAGAACCCAAUAUUGGUCAAGCGCGCCGUGAAGAAGCUGUGCGAGAAGAAGGAUCUCGUUCAGAUCAAGGGAAUUGGCGCGUCCGGGUCCUUCAAAGCAGCGAAGAAGACCGCCGAGAAACCCAAGAAACCAGUAAAGAAGGCCGCAGUCAAAGCCAAGAAGCCAGCAGCGAAGAAGACUGCACCCGCCAAGAAAUCCCCCGCGAAGAAGGCGAAAGCAGUAAAGGCCACCCCGAAAAAGGCGGCUAAGAAAUCACCGGCGAAGAAAGCCCCGGCGAAGAAGCCCGCCAAGAGCCCGAAGAAGAAGGCAGCAGCUGCCCCCAAGAAGAAGGCAGUCACCCCGAAGAAGGCAGCCAAGAAGGUCGCUAAACCCAAAACUGUCAAAAAGACGGCAGGAAAGAAAACAGCCAAGAAGUAAAUUGUCAAGAUUCCUUCAACAAACAAAAGGCUCUUUUAAGAGCCACCCA